ACUCCACCAUCACUUCACAUACUGACUCUCAGCUCCUCUUUUGUCUUCAGACGGCCUCAACUUCCUCCUGAAAAUGGAGGAAAUGUGUUGUAGUCGCUGCUUUGUGCUCCUCGUCUGUUGUGUUUCUGCUGCAGAUAGCUCACUCAGCUCACUCUGCUAGCUUCAAGGGGAUUACUAACUUAUGCACAACUUUGUGAAACACGCUAAUUGACUUAAAAUCACUGCAUGGGGACCAUGGUGGUGUUACUCUUCCAUACAGAGUCUACCCAUCACUGAGGAACACUUAAUAUCUGACAUGCUCUAGUCUGUUGUCUAGUCAAUAACCUCUAUGGUGAGGAAAGGCUUGAGGACAACUUCUUCUCUACACCACAAAAGGACUUUAGAGAAGAAUACCUGGAGGGAAGCGUCAGGAUAAAAAACAAGGAAACACGUAAUAUUCCGAGGACCAACAGGAAGGAGAGGACAGGCGUGUGGAGACGGGGGUGUUGGGGAUGGGGUUGAAGAGCCAAAGGAGGACGUCAUGGUUCACAGCGGCUCUGCAUCCCCAAUGAAAACAACACCAUCAGCAUCGCCUCAAUUAACUGUUCCUGCUACAACACCUCCUCUGCAAGCAGCUCCUCCUCUUGUGCCUCCCCCUGGAGAUGCUACAGACCCGGACCUAAACCAGACCCCAGCCAAACUUCUUGCCACAGACCUUACCUCCGACUCAGACUUGACCCAGCCCUCUAGUCUGACUCCUGCUGAUCCUGAGCCCCUUGUUUUUACCCCGGUAAAAACACUUGCUGCUAACUCGAGCCCGGUGUCAGCCUGGUCCUCUACACACACACUCUCCGCUCCUGAGGGCCCCGUCAAUGGCCGUACAUCAGGCAGGAAGAGGACUCCUAAAGCCUGUGACUGCUGUGGGCCCAACGGUAAAGGACACGAUGUCGGAACCUCGGGCAGAGGGAGGGGGAGAGGAAGAGGGAGAGGGAGGGGGGGUGGAAGGGACGUCAGGGACUUCAGGGACACCCCAAAAAGGAAAUUGGAUGGCCAGAUGACCCAUUUGACACAUUUUGAUUUGACCAAGGAGGAGGUGGAGGAAGCAGAGGAUGAAGGUGACAGAUAUGAGAAGGUGCAAACGACUGUAGUAGUGGCUGAUACUCGGUCACAAACGCCCAUCGCUCUCCCUGUUACAGUCUCCCUGCAGGAUGGACCAACAAGCAAUUAUGUUGCUCCAGAGAAAAGGGAUGCACAGAAAAAGGAGGACGUGUUGAUAGAAGGGUCAGGGGGGAAAGGAGUCGGCGCUAGCGGGGAUGUGGAGAUGAUAUUGUCUAGAAUGGCAGGCAGGGGAGCACCAGUAGUUAGAGGGAGAGGAGGGAGGGGAAUGGUGGGAGCUACGUCUGCAUCAAAAAUGGAAGUAGAAGGUGGAAUAAAGAGGGCAGGUUCAUGUGGCAUCGGUUCUAAAAUGGAUGCCAGGGCUCCGUUAUUGUUUGUGCAGAGGCAAAACAAAGCCACAGAGAUGGACCACGGAGAGCAGGCUGACUCCAGCUCAGUUAAAUCUUCAUUGGGAAAUGGAGACACGGUAAACCUGAGUGACACUGAACCUGAAGAGGAUGCGAAGGAGGGUAACGCGAUCAUAAGGGAAAUGGCAAAUGGGCUACUUUCUACUUUCCCACAGCAGUCAGGUCCUGCAUCAAGGUCAGGAUCUCCCCAGGACCUAGACUCUGAGAUGCAGGUGGACAAGUCUCCUGACAGAACAGACUCUGUACCGGUAACUCUCUCCAACGGAGAUGUCACCACACCAACAAAUGCUGAUCACUGCUCCACACUUAUGGAGGUGGAAACCUCUCAUCCGGCUGCGGUUGCUCCUUCAUCCCAGGGUCCUAUUACAGUGUGCAGCAUGCAGCACAGCUUGGCAUUAAGAGACCACAGGCUGUACUGUCAGCCGGGAACAUGGGAGAGGGGCGGGAUGGAAGAAGUAUUAGACAAAGAAAAAACUAACGGAGGGGAGAUAGAUGGAGAGAAGCAGAAUAAGGAAAGCCUGGAGCAGCUUACUGAUAUGAUCCACGACUUUCUGGAGAGCUUCUACAUGAAGUAUGGCAGUUUCAGUCCUCUCAGUGAGAGAGAUGUCCUGGAAUACCUGAAGAAGAAAGGCAACUCUGACCUCAGCAACAGUGGACUGGACGUCAAAAGGGAGAUGGCUCGGUACAGGGCAGCGCUGGCCUCUGCUCCUAUCGCAGGCUUCAUGUUGUCGUAUAACAAACACACCCUGGGCCUGGAGGACCUCGGCACACUGGAGGAACAGAACUGGCUUAAUGACCAGAUUAUCAACAUGUAUGGAGAACUCAUCAUGGAGGCGACACAACAGAAGGUUCAUUUCUUUAACAGCUUUUUCCACAAGCAGCUGGUCGCCAAGGGUUAUGAAGGUGUGAAGAGAUGGACUAAAAAAGUUGACCUGUUCUCCAAGUGGCUGCUGCUAUUUCCCAUCCAUUUAGAAAUCCACUGGUCUCUCAUCACGGUCACCAUGGCAACCAAAACCAUCAGCUACUACGACAGCCAAGGCAUCGUCUUCAGACACACCACAGAUAACAUUAUGAAGUACCUUCAGUCUGAAGCCAGAGAGAAGCAACAGACGGCUUUCCAGAAAGGCUGGAAGAUCACCAUCAUCAAGGGUAUUCCUCAGCAGAAAAACGACAGCGACUGUGGAGUUUUUGUCCUCGAGUACUGCCGUUGUCUCUCUGUGAAGCAGCCUCUGCUGUUCAGUCAGGAGGACAUGCCGCGCAUCCGCAAGAGAAUCCACAAGGAGCUGUGUGACUGCCACCUCAACGAUUGAACGACUGAAUUAUGGGCGCUUUCACUCUUCACGACUGCCCGCCUGGUUACAUGAGACGGUGUGUCCAGGUCUGUCAGAUGGCCUGUGUUACUGACAGCCUGCUACAUAAGCUAAGUUCAGUAUUCCAGGGAGCUCUGGAGUCUUGACGGACAGCACCGUGGCUGCUCAUUUGGACUUUUGGUGACUUUUUGGAGUUCAAAAACAGUCUGUAGCUAAAUAGAUUUCUACUUGCAAAGAACUACUGACGUGGCCCCCUACUGACCCACCGCGGUGCUGGACCCAUCAGGUUGUUUUUUGCGUUCUACAUUUACCUUCUCCCCAGUGGAUUUCAACCAAAUGGCCAAAUGGACACAAUUAGGGAGCUCUGAGUUGGACUUGACAACACAGGCGUUGGACCAGCCUGGACCAAUGGGACGGACCUUCCAUCCCAAAUGGAGUGGCCUUACUUCCCACGAGGCCAUUUUAACCCCAAAUGACAUUUUUAGCUGUUUUAUUUUAUGCUGGAUUUAACAGCAGUAUCCUACUUAACAGUUAUAUGCGUGUUUUCUAACAUGUUUAAUAAAGGUAGGAUGUUUUGAUUCAGUGGACCAACUGUUCACUUAAAACUUGAAGGUUUGAGUUGGUGUCGUUCUCUUGGACUACAGAUAUUUGCACGGGUUCGAGGCCUAUCAUCCGUUGAAGAGUCUAGAUAUCAACUGAAUGUACUGAUCACAUAUUCUUCCUGGCUGCCUCGCAGGGUGCACACUUAAGCACUCUACAGGCUAAAAUGGCACAUUUUGGCUGUGGCUUGAAACAGGGAUAUAUAAUUUUUGUAUCAACAUUUUUGACACCUUACUCCAAAUAAUUUCUUAUUAAAAAUUCCAGAUUUUCCACCACAUUAUUUCCCGCUUUUUUUGUUUUGUUGUGAUCACGUCGUUAUGAUGUGGCGUUUUCCUGCCUUUUCAGCUGAACGCCACUGUUUGAUUUUACAUUUGAAUCCAUCAAUUUGUGUUUGAAAACAGUUUUUCUCAUGCUGGUUGGUGAAUUUCAUAUGAAGCUGUACAGCUUGCUGCUGGUGUGAGGACCACCGCAUCUGAUUUUUAGCAAAGGAGUUUCUCCAUGUUGACUUUAUAUUAUUGUCGAGGCCUCCUGCUUCACAUGGAUGCAUUAUCACAGGCGUAGACAGUCGUAGUUACAGAGCGGCCUCUUUAACAGAGAAACAAGUGGACCUCAGCUAUUUUGAUUAAAUCUUCUGUCCUACCUAGAUUUUGUUGUUAUAUUUGGUUAUAUAUGUAUUUACAGAUUGUAUUGUACUUUUACUGGCCUACUACUGUACAUGCUUGCUUUGGCUAAAAACCACAAUUGUUUCUGGACUGUUUUUAUUGUUGUUAUUAAAAGGCCAAUACUGCUGGGAAUGUU